AUGGACUGGACUAGGGGCCACACCCUCGGCCGGGGCUCCACCGCCGCAGUCUAUAUUGCCGAGGCUUGCCGGUCCGGUGAGGUGUUCGCCGUGAAAUCGGCGGAGCUCCACCGUUCGGAAAUGCUCAAGAGGGAGCAGAGGAUUCUUUCCACACUGAGGUCUCCUCAAAUUGUGGCAUACCAAGGUUGUGAUGUUACAUUCGAGAAUGGUGAUCACUGGUACAACUUGUUCAUGGAGUAUGCACCUCACGGGACACUCGCUGAGGCAGUUCACGGUGGUGGGAUGGAAGAAGAUGUGGCGGGGUCCUACACGCGCCAAAUUCUUCUUGGACUGAACUACCUCCAUUCAAACGGGAUAGUGCAUUGCGACGUGAAGGGACAGAACGUGUUGGUCACGGACCAAGGUGCAAAAAUUGCUGACUUGGGUUGCGCUAGGAGGGUCGAUGAUGAGUCGUCGUCGGUGAUCGCGGGCACGCCGGUGUUCAUGGCACCUGAGGUGGCGCGUGGGGAGCAGCAGGGUUUUCCUGCUGACGUGUGGGCUCUUGGAUGUACUGUUCUGGAGAUGAUCACCGGGAAGCCACCGUGGCAGGGCGUUUCUGACCCGGCGGCGGUGCUUUAUAGGAUCGGGUUCUCCGGCGAGGUUCCGGAGAUUCCGAGUUUUGUGUCGGAGCAAGGGAAGGACUUUUUGAGCAAGUGUUUGAAGAGGGACCCCAAUGAGAGGUGGUCGGUGGUUGAGCUUCUCGGACAUGGAUUUGUUGAGGAAUGCAAGGAAUUAUCUUUGUCGGAUUCGGACACUCCCACGAGUGUGUUGGAACGAGGUUUUUGGGACUCGUUGGAGAGAACUCAACAUCCCACACGUGAUGAAUGUUCCUGGGAUUCUCCGAGUCCUAGUGACAGAAUUCUUAGGUUGUUUGGUGCUGAGCCAAUUUGGGAAUGGGAUGAUGAUGAUGAUGACCAAUGGGUCACAGUGAGAAGCAAUGAGUUGGAAGGUUUGUCCAUUGAACAAACACAAGAUCCUGGAUCAGACACUAUUUGCAUCCUUAGAGACCAGGAGAAUGGAUUGGUAACUUUUUAUGAAUCAAAAUUUGUAGUCACCACUAUAUUAGUUGAAUUGAGUAGAUGGAAUGCCAUUAUUGAUGAUUGUUACCUUGGCGGUAGCAACUAUGGCUGUAACUGUAGAAAAUCAUUAUUAGUCUGGCCUUGUCCAAAGAUUGUUCCCCAUUGGAAAUUUGAUUCUUAUAACACAAGAAUUUUUUAUCAUGCAUCGCUUUCUGCUCUUUCUUUCCCUCUUUAA